UUGAUACGGCCGGGUCAAUUACAGUUGACGCCGCUUAAAGAGAGAACUUAGUUGUCAUCCUUCCUCCGUAAGGAUGGAUCUCCGAAAAUCGAUUCCUUUGCUCGCGCUAUUCCUUCUUGCAAAAUGCGAAAAUGGUACGGAAGACGCGAUUACAGAUUCGAACGCGAUUAACAGCGAAAAUACUUCGCCGGAAUCAGCGAUCUUAUGCAACGUGUGCGCUUGUACAGAUGGCUACGUAAACUGCAGUGGCCGAGCUUUGCAAAAUCACUUUGAGGAUUCGCAGUGGUCGAACGUAACGGCUAAAGAGAUUUCCUUCGAGCGCAAUCGCUUGGUACACCUCACGCCUUUUCCGAAGAUAAUCGUCGAGAAGAUAAUUCUGCGAAAAAAUCAAAUCAGCACAAUCGAUCGUCGUGCUUUUAAGGAACUCGUUAAUCUUACCGAACUGGACCUGAGUAGUAAUCAGCUCACGUCGGAGCGACUAGGACCGCACAUUUUCGAGGGCCAAUUUUCGCCAGAAGCGUAUGAGCCUUUACCGUUGAAAAUAUUGAACCUAUCUUUUAACAUACUCCAAUGGUUACAUCAGAGUAUAUUUGAGCACAUGGUCAGUAUCGAGGUGUUGGAUCUUUCCGGGAAUCCCUUUGGUGUAUUUGAUUAUCGUACAUCAAUAGCUAUCACUAGCUUGUCAUACUUGCAAGAAUUAAAUCUCAGUUAUUGUAAACUGAAGGAAUUACCGAAUCUUCAGUUCCAUAAUGCCAGACAUUUGAAAAAACUGAGCUUGGCCGUCAACGAGUUCACAAAUUUGCCCAGAUCGUUAGAAGAAGCCGAAGUCUUGGAGUACUUAAAUUUGGAUGGCAACCCGAUACGCGUCAUCAAUAACGCAAACGCCUUUCCCAAUUUAACGAAAUUACGGGAGCUUAGUCUGUGCAACAUGCCAAAUUUAACGACGAUUGGAAAUGGCGGCUUAUCGGGAUUAAUCGGCCUGGAGGAUCUCCGCGUGCGAAACUGCAAGAAAUUGGAAGUGAUCGAGGAAUACUCGAUCGCGGUCACGACAACCAGGGGAAUGGUAUGGCCGAUGUUGAAGAAACUGGAUCUAUCCUCUAACGCGAUACAAUACUUGCCGUCGUUACUCCUUGACAGAUGGGACAAACUUGAGGAAUUGCAUCUGAUGCACAAUCGUUGGAGUUGUGAUUGUCAAAAUCAAUAUCUGGUCACAACCAUAUUGCCGGAAUAUGCGGAGAAAAAAAAGACCAAAGUCGAAGAGCUCACCUGUUCCGCGCCGCCGGAACACGCUGGUAAGAGCCUAGCAUCCUUGGCCGAUCGACACCUACGUUGCUUGGAUCUGUACGACGCGCGACCGGAGAAGGACGCCGCGAUACUCGUAGGGAUGCUAAUCGGCCUGCUCAUCGCGAUUCCAGUCGGCAUGGCGCUCUUCGCCUUCUGGCGACGCGGCUUCUUCUUCUGCGGCUCGCAGGGUCCCGCCAGUUUCUCCCGCGCCUUUUACAAGCGCGCAUCCAACGACGACGACAUUUGAUAAUUUCACGUAUUCUUUAGCAACAGUUAAGUAGACGAGAGAGCUCUGCUACAUAUAUAUUUUUAUUCAAUAUUAAGAGACAAUUUACAUUCAUCGUCAAACAGCGAAAUUCGUAGUACAUAUGACACACGUACAUCUAGUCCAACAACAUAGUUCUUUCAAAUAUGUUUUGUAUGUAUUUCAUUAAGCUACAAAUCUCGAUCAUUGUCGAGAGAGCUAAUAUAAAUAGGUAUAUGGACGUAUUUUCCGUUCUAGUAAGCGCAUUACUGAAACGCGUAGAGUUUAUUACGGCUUUGUGUAAUAAACAAUCUGAAAAUCAA